AUGGUUCGAGCGACACCGUACCAGUGUCCGAAAUGCUUCAAAUAUUUUAAGUCCUCGAAAUCUUGCUGGAACCAUCGAAGCACGUGCGGCACGGACAAGAAAUUUCGUUGCGCGUUCUGCGAUUACCGUUCCCAUCAGAAAGGAAACGUCCUCAGGCAUCUUGCCACGCAGCAUCCAGAAGCGAGCCAGAAGAAACGGAUCAGUUUCGUGUUGAGAGUCAACGAUCGCGAAAAGGCCGAUUUCUACUCGAAACCGACCACCGGACAUGAGACGAGGGAGAACAACAGGCCGAUCGAGGAGAAUGCCGACUUGCCGGUUCAGGCUUGGAAGAUGCAGGAUCAGGGGUUGCCGUUUGCCGAAUUGAAGAUACCGAAGGCCUGUAACUACGUCGGAAAGAAACCACCGGGACAAUUCGGGUGCAGCGCGUGCGGAAGAUCGUACAUGAGGAAGGAUUCUUUGCAGCGGCACGUUCACUGGGAGUGCGGCAAGGAACCUCAGUUUCAAUGUCCCUUUUGUCCCCAACGAUCCGAGGACUUGAGCAUCACCGGUCUAAAGUGGGCAGCCGCCUGGCAGCGAUGGAGCGUGCCGUCGAUCAUGUGGCGGUCCGGCGGCGGAUUAGGCAAAGGCCUCGGUUCUGGUUCCUCGAACCCCGAAGGCUUCAACUGUCCGGCCUGCGGUAGGGUCUACAAGCUGAAGAGCAGCCUAAGGAAUCAUCAAAAGUGGGAGUGCGGCAAAGAGCCGCAAUUCCAGUGUCCUCACUGCGUGUACAGGGCGAAACAGAAGAUGCACAUCGCGCGACACAUGGAACGGAUGCACAAAGAGAAAAUCUACAAACAGGAGCUCGUCUAA